AUGGCGUUGCCACCUCAAGGCCGGCCGGCCAAACGGCUCGUCGUCUUCUGCGACGGCACCUGGGUGGGACGCGAGACGGCCGUCGACGACGCGCCGCCCAGCAACAUCCGGCAGCUGGCCGACAUGGUCGGGACGGUGCAGUACGACGCGAGCGACGUCACGGCGGCAAAAGUGCAUCGGAUCCAGCCGCACAAGUCGGCGGCGUCGGGGCGCACGCCGGACAUUGUGGCGGGCUACCAGGAGGGCGUGGGCCUGAACAAGAACUUCAUGCAGUACAUCUGGGACGGGGCGACGGCGUCGUCCAUCAGCGAGGAGUGCAUCGCCGUGUACAAGUUCAUUGUGGAUCACUACACGCACGACCAUGAGAUCUGGCUGUUUGGAUUCAGUCGCGGCGCCUUCACCGUGCGCUGCAUCGCGGGCAUGAUCAAUAAUUGCGGCAUCAUCAAGCGGCGGCCAGAGUAUGCUGAAGAAGAGGUUAAGCGCCUUUGCUACGACAUCUUUCGCACGUACCGCUCCAGUCUGCCCGUGGAUGCGCCCAAGAGCGACGAGUGCCAGCGCUGGAAAGGCCUGCACGACCGCGUGUGGCAGGUCAAACGCCCCAUCCGCUUCAUGGGCAUCAUCGACACGGUGGGCGCGCUGGGCAUCCCGCGGCUGAGCGCAGGCAUCGGCUUCGACUGGAGCCCGUUUGAGUUUUUCGACCAGAGCGUCUCGAGCGUGGUGCAGCACUGCUACCACGCGCCGUGUCUGCACGACCGCCUGUGGACCUUCCAGCCGUGUCUGGUGUCUGCCAGCGAAGAUGCCGACGACGACGACGACGAGCCCAGGGCCCGGAUAACGCAAAAGUGGUUUCCAGGCACCCAUUACGACGUCGGGCGCAUGACGUUUCGCUUUGUGCGCCAGAGCCCUACCAACUGGAUCGAGGACGCCCUGGGCUGGCUUCCCAACCUGCUGUCGCGCACCAUCUAUCCCAACCAGGUGCUGAGCGACGCGGUACUGCGGUGGAUGGUGGAGAGCGUGCACGCCGUCGACGAGGACUCGCCCAACCCCAUCAUGCCAGCUGCGCAAGAGUGGAUACAGUAUAUCGGGGAAAGGCUGGGCACCGCCGCCCAGUCGCCCUCGCCCUCUGACCAGCAACACCUGAGAACGGGCAGCGGCGACAUCUACGGCGACGUGCUGGCCUACGCGCCAGGCGGCGUCGUGUACAGCACGCUGCAAAAAACCUCGCAAGCCGCCACCUCUGUGCUCAACAGCGUCUUCCCGCGGCUGGGCGACAAUAUUCAGAGCAUCCUGGGUAUCAGGACGUUGAUUGCCAUCCUGACAAACACGGCCGACCGCCGGAUUCCAGGCACACAAGCAGACAUUUAUCCGUAUACACAGCAAGAAACAGUCAUGGUCAAGGGUGAAAGAGUCGUCUUUUCCGUGGAGCAGUUAGGACAGAUGAAGGACAUGAAUGAGAGGGGCGUCGCCAGGUAUCCAAGCCAGUCCUUUGAGUCGUUUUUGCUGUGGAAAGGCGUCUUUGGGAAGAAAGAGACGAAUGGUUAUCGAGGCUAG